UCUUCACAGCUCAAACCAAAAAACCCUUCCUCCCCUGUUUUCCCCCUCCCUUAAUCCCUCCCUCCCCUGUUUUCCCCCUCCCUUAAUCCCUCCCCUCCACGAUAAACCCUAAAUCUCAAAAUGGGUAACUCCUCCUCUCCUCAAACCCUGCUGAUUUCUAUGGCUGUGCUAGCCACAAUGGUCGGGUCUGCCGUCGGCGGCAACUUCUACCAGGAUUUCGAUCUGACGUGGGGAGGGCAGAGGGCCAAGAUUUUCGGCGGCGGCCAAAUGCUGACUCUGUCUCUUGACAAGACCUCCGGCUCUGGGUUUCAGUCCAAGAAGGAGUACUUGUUCGGCCGGAUCGAUAUGCAGCUCAAGCUCGUCGCUGGAAACUCCGCCGGCACCGUCACCGCUUAUUACCUGUCAUCUCAAGGCCCAACUCAUGACGAAAUCGACUUUGAAUUUCUGGGAAAUGUGAGCGGCGAUCCUUACAUACUGCACACAAAUGUGUUUACUCAGGGGAAAGGAAACAGGGAGCAGCAAUUUUACCUCUGGUUCGACCCAACCAAGAAUUUCCACACCUAUUCCAUCAUCUGGAAGCCUCAACACAUCACGUUCUUGGUGGACAACACUCCGAUCAGGGUAUUCAACAAUGGAGAAAACAGGGGAAUUCCGUUCCCCAAGAACCAGGCGAUGAGGAUUUACUCCAGCCUGUGGAAUGCGGAUGAUUGGGCGACGCGUGGCGGGUUGGUGAAGGCUGAUUGGUCCAAGGCGCCAUUCACUGCUUACUACAGGAACUUCCAGGUCACCCCUGUUUCUUCCUCCCGGUCUCGUAGCAGCGGCGAGUUUGGGAAUGGAGACUGGCAGUCUAAUGCGUUGGAUGCGAGUGCGAGAAGGAGGCUGAGAUGGGUUCAGAAGAACUUCAUGAUCUAUAAUUACUGCACUGAUUUCAAGCGCUUCCCGCAAGGCCUUCCUACCGAGUGCAAAUGAUUUGAUUAAUGGUGUUUGUUAGAUUUUUUUCAAGGCUCUUUUCCAGUUUGUAUAGUCUACGUGGAACCAAAUUGUUUUCUUUUCUUCAUUUCCAAAAAUAAAUUCCACUUGUAAUUGAUGUAUUUUCCCCCUUAAUUCAGUGCCCCUAUUGAAAAUUUGCAAAAAAAAAAAAUAAUAAUAAUUUAUCGACUCGAAGUCUUUCAAGUUUGAACAAGCAAUGACUUUCUUUAGGAAACUAUCGAAUUUGAUACUAGUGAUCCAGUCGUGAAAAGACGAAUGCCAAAUAGUUAAAACAUUCAAAAUCAUUAUGGUAGAAGUACAAUGUAAAAAAACAAUAACGACCCUAACUACUAAUCUUAUGUGACAAAUUGCACAUGUUUAACAUUGACAUGACCAUUUUAGGUAAUUGUAAAGAUAUUCACUUCGAUCGUGACAUUUAUGGUUCAAAUUUGAUAUGAUCCCAAAUUGCCAACCAUUCACGUCACAGUUAUUUGACAAAGAAGCCAUCAAAGUUGGGAAGAAGAAGGGCAGAAUUUGGCUGUGUCAAAAUCCGUGUUCAGGGUACAUACUUUGGAGGCAUAGUUCUCUCAAUUGUCUUGGUGGAAAUUCAAGUUUGAUAGUUUGUUUUGUAGAUAAAGUUGCCAUCUUGCCAAUGGUAUGCUUUUUGUAUCCAGAAGAUGUCAUUAAGGUUGUUUUCCAAGGCCUCAAAGUUGCUACAUCAAAACUGGAAAACUGCCAGAAAAUGGUUGUGUCUGGCAACUGUUUUGUGAAGCCUACUUUGGAGCUUAAUUCGAGGAGUAUGGAUCUUAUUCAAGUCCAAAGGCUUCCACAACAUGAAACUAUGUAUGUUUUUGAACAAAGGGAAGGAAUUGGAUGAAGAAUUGGAGUUCGGGAAGGCCUCGAACGAAAGGCGCGAAGUUAGUACGAAGUUACAAAAUUCUGCCUUUGUAAAAACAGAAUUGUUUUCCUUAUUCGAUUAGGAUUAGGUCAUUUUUGCUACUUUUUAGUUCUUAUUUGUAUUAGAUUGUAAUUAUGAGUUGCUUGUACGAAAGUUAACCCUAGCUAGGCCUAUUUAAACUCGUCUUUUGCAUUGUAAUCGUCGGACUUUGAUUAAUCGAAAAACAAACCUUUGGUUUUGUGCAAGUUGCGACUUGUGUUUGAGUUUGGUGGAUUCCAAGCUUGUGAGCUUUGUAUCGAUUGAAUAUUCUCUUCAAUCGUGGUCGAGCAUCUACCCUUUUAUACCAUACAAGCUUUCCCCAGGUGUGGAAUUGUCCGUUGGUUCCAUUUUAUCCCAAGUUCGUAUUAAGAGCGCUUCGUUCUUGAUUCGAGCUCAAUCGAUUCUUCGAUUGAAUCGUUUGCUGCGUUACUUUGAUAAUAUACACCCCCAGGGGCGUAUUAAAAUUUAACUUCUCGG